AUGCAAGCCAUAAGUAGCGAUUGCGAUACGUCGUCUACCUCGUUCGGCCAGCGCCGAGGCAUUUCCGAUCUGGCGCGAUUCGCCCUCGACCUGACCUGGGCAACGCCAACAAGAGCAGAGUCCGAGACUCCUGCUCGACCCAGAGCAUAUCCUUCCCCGCCCAUGUCAGGGUCUCCUCCUCUCCCGCCCAAGCCAAAUCCAGAGGCUGGUGACCGAGGGCAACUGCAUGGCAGCUAUCCGUCCACCAGUCCGCAAAAUGCCUACCGGGGAGGACUGCCGCCAACGACGAUACCGCAAGGCGACUACCGAGGACCUCCGCCUCCGCCGCAUUCCUUGCCGCCACCUCAGCCUCGAUCAUAUCACGCCGAUCCGCAAGACAGGAUGCCUUACUCAUACCCUCGACCCGACGACCACCUGCGGACUACGCCUUCAGGAUACGCACAUCUGGCAAGCCAAGUCAUGCAGCAGCGGCCUCCUCCGCCCUACAUGCAAAUGUCUGGGCCACCGCCGCCACAGCCAACAGGACCUCAUCAGCAUGGCUACGCGACAACCAUGUCGCAGACAUCCCAGGACAGCGGUCCCUAUACGUCUCCCAAGACGCAAAGAAAGACAAAGGGCCAUGUGGCAUCAGCCUGUGUGCCAUGUAAACGAGCCCAUCUUCGAUGCGACGCUCAGCGGCCCUGUUCGAGAUGCACAAGCAACGGCAAGGAAGACGCCUGCGUUGAUGUGCAACACAAGAAGCGUGGCCGCCCGCGGCUGAGAGACGACCGAGAAGCCCGCUAUGGCCCCUCGACAUAUCAGCAUCCUCAGGAUGCCGCAGCCGCCGCCGCGGCAGCAAGGAGACCGCCGCUGAGCCACUACUCAGCUGGCACUCCCAUCUCAGGGUACGAUGACCCCAUCCGAGGCAGUCACUCCUAUCGCGUUCUAAAGUCUCAACCAAGCGAACCCAUUGCGCCUCGGUAUCUGGACAGAGCUCCUAUGGGCGACGCGAACCUGUACGGCCAGCCCCCGUCUCUCGCGUCUGGGGCGCUCGAGCCAGUCAUCUUCUUGACGACAGAGCUGGAGAUUGCGCGUGCUUCGCCGGCUUUUUCUGAUGCCGUCGGAAUUCCCAACGUCAGAGGCCGCUCUCUCUUCGACAUUGUGGCGCCCACUGAGCGCGAGAAGCUUCAGAGCCACCAACGGCAGAUACAAGAGGAGCGAACAAGAAAGGACCCCGUCUACCUACCUCCCAUCUUCGGCAGGCAGGAGCAAGAGCGCGUUUUCGACUCUUUGCGAUUCGAGGCCGAUGAGAUUUCGCGGUUCCAGCUCGAUCGUCAAGACUUCUUCGUUUUCGCGGCGAGUGAUGGACAGCCGAGGUCGUAUUCCGUGCGUCUGGGUUUGGCCAAACGUGAAUCGAUUUACUUCAUCGUCCUCCUCAUCAAUGCCGCACCGCGGUAUCCGUACCCCUCGCCAUCUCCGCAUGCACGCGAGGUGCCGUAUCCUUAUCCGCCUCAACAGCAGGCAUACGCGCAGCACACUCCCGUCUCCGCCACGUUCGAGCAGCCGAGACUUCGAUUCGGAGAAGGCGCACUCGCGCCGCGCCCAUCCCCUGGCCAACCUCUGCACAUGGCUUCUGGUCUAAGCCCCGGUGUCAGUCCUGGCAUGCCGUCAUAUGCGGCCUCACCCAGCCGUCCUGAGUACGCCAGCGGACCCUCGUCAUACCAGAUCCCUCGCAGUGAGCUGCCGCCGACCACUCGGCCGCCACAGCCAUCUUUCCAGUUGCCUCCGAUCCGAGCUGGCCCCCAUCAACCUCCCCAACCAGAAUCAUCUUCCUGGCAAAGGGACGAACGAUCCGGACGGGUCGAUAUUGGUGGCCUUCUCGAGAAGCCGGACCCGCAGCAACGACGUCCGCAAUGA